GUGCGGAGGCCCAAUCAGCGGCUCAGAGCUGGCUGCCGGUGCCGGGGACUGGUGGUGAGAAUCCGCUGCAGCGUCAGGAGGACCGGACCGUGAACCCGGAGACGGUACACACUGAGGCGAAAGCGGACACAGGAUGGAGCGGAUGUCUGAUGAGGCAUUGAGGCUAAACCUGUUGAAGCGAGGCCUCGAGUCACCCAGCGAGCGAGAGGAGGCGCUGGCCAAGCGCCUGAAGAUGGAGGGUCACGAAGCCAUGGAGCGCCUCAAGAUGCUGGCUCUUCUUAAACGCAAAGACUUGGCUGACCUAGCAGCCCUGGAGGUCCCAGGGGCCCUGGGAGAUGUGAAGGGCCCUGGAGCAAGCACUAUUCACCACCAGAGCCUAAUGGGUGCAGCUUACGAGGAGAAGCUGAACGGAAGUCUGCGGUUUGGAAGUCACAGUAGUCAUGUCGGAACAAGUAAGAAUGGGAAGGAGAACAUCAUGGAUGAGCCUGUGGACAUGAGCGCUGGGAGAAGAUGCGAGGUCGAGCAUGACAGACAGACUCCAUCCCCCGAUGUCAUCAUCCUGUCGGACAAUGAGGCGUCCAGUCCCAGAACGACACCACGGCCUGAGGAGCGCAUGCACCAGGCCAACCUGGACAUGUUCAAGGGUAAGACGGGGGAGGAGCGGCACCAGAUGAUCAAAGCUCUGAGAGAAGAGCUUCGUCUGGAGGAGGCUCGCCUCGUCCUGCUCAAGAAGCUCCGACAGAGUCAGAUGCAGAAGGAGAAUGUGGUGCAGAAGGUUCCGGUGGUCCAGAGCUCCUCUUCCUCUGUCCAGCCUCCUGCCAUCCACUCUGGCCUGGGGAAGCUACCCGUGAGGCCUGGUCUACACAACCCUGAGCCUCAGAACCUCCGCACAGCACAGGGUCAUACAGUCAUCCGGUCAGCCAACACCAACCUGCCACCCAUGCUGAUGUCUCAGAGAGUAAUAGCCCCCAACCCUUCCCAGCUGCAGGCACAGAGGGUCUCCUCAAAACCCGGGAUGUCUCGUUCCGGCUCCAGCAGCAUGGCCAACGCUGUCGGCUUCCAGCAGGCCAGCCAGCAGGCAGCAGCAUCCCAGCGUUCUGGCUCCAGCGCCAUGUACAUGAACCUGGCUCACAUGCAGGCAGCAGCAGCCGUGGGGGCUGGCGGCGUGGCCGGCGGUCUGGGCGGAGCUUCUGCUGUCAGCCCGUCCACCUUGGCAGGCUCGGCUGCCGGAGGAGUGAGCUCCAUGGCUGACCAGGCCAGCAGCCAGGCGGCAGCGAAGCUGGCCCUGAGGAAGCAGCUGGAGAAAACCUUGCUGGAGAUCCCUCCACCUAAACCUCCAGCUCCUCUCCUCCAUUUCCUUCCCUCUGCUGCAAACAGCGAGUUCAUCUACAUGGUGGGGCUGGAGGAGGUGGUGCAGAGUGUCCUGGACAGUCAAGGUAAACUCCGAGGGACUCUGGCCCGUAUGGAGCCCUUUUUCUGUGCCCAGUGCCGAACUGACUUCACUCCUCACUGGAAGCAGGAGAAGAGUGGACGGAUCCUCUGUGAGCAGUGUAUGACGUCCAAUCAGAAGAAGGCUCUGAAGGCGGAGCAUACCAACCGUCUGAAGAACGCCUUUGUGAAGGCUCUUCAGCAGGAGCAGGAGAUCGAACAGAGACUGCAGCAGCAGGCAGCUCUCUCCCCCAGCUCCGCUCCCACGGCCUCCAGUGUCUCCAAGACCGACUCCAUGAUUCGCCAGCACGCUUUGCGCCAGGCUCCUCAGCCUCAGGCCUCUUUGCAGCGAAGUCUGUCAAACUCUGCAAGAGGCGUCCUGUCCAACUUUGCCCAGGCCUCCCAACUGUCAGUGGCCAGCAGCCUCAUGGGAAUGACAAGCGUCAAACACUGUGGCAGCAGCGGAGGCAGCAGCAACCGUCUGCAGCACGACAGCCGCCGUCAAAUUUACAACAUCCCAGGGUUGAACAUCGCCUAUCUGAACCCGGCAGCAGUUGGAGCCCAUAAAUCCUCCAGCCUAGCGGACCGGCAGAGAGAGUACCUGUUGGACAUGAUUCCACCCCGAUCCAUAUCGCAGUCCAUCACCGGACAGAAAUGAGCCCCUCCUGCCAGUCAGAGGCCCCCUCCUUUCUGUUUGUCUACUUCCCCAUUCGGAGGCGUUCCCAGAUCAACCAGUAUUUCCAUCCAACUAUCCCAUCGCAUGCAGUGCCUGUCCGUGUGCCUACCUUAAAUCGACCCAUGAGAACCUAACAAGUUGGACAAAGACAGAACUGUCAAUGCAUCUCAGUUGUUCUUAUCGUAGAAUUCCUCUUCUUCUGUAACUCCCUUUAUCACUGGUGGUCGCACUAUUAUACCUGCAGCUACCAUUUUUCUCCAGGUAGUAUUACCCAUGAUUCUUUGUUCUUUUCUGUAUUUGUUACAUGGUUCAGUCUUUUCCUUUGAGUGGAGACAGUGAACCAUUGUAAGGUUAUGAAGGUCAUUUACAUUAUCUCCACUCCGUUCCAAAGCUUAGCUAUAACUGAUGCUAACAGCAGAAGAUCAACAGGGUGCACUCUGGUUGCUAUGCAACAUAAAGUUUAACAGCUCUAAGCUUUGCAAGUAUUAGUUUGCUCAUUUAGAUUUGUCAAAGUGGGAAAUCCCAGCAGGAACAAGAACAGAUGAUGUUCAGCUCUGAAAGACGCUGCGAUCUGGAUCCAUUUCCAUCACACUGAUCCAGACGUCUGAUCCGGUCUGGAGUGGACCCUGAGGAGACCUCCGGCUCCCCAGCUGAAGACGUCCUGUUCUCCAUCCACACAUUUUCAUUGCUUCAUUUAAGACAUCUGUUCCAGAUUACCUGACAGGUGUGUGCGGGACAUCGGGACAGGUUGUCGCACCUCCAGCUCCGUCCAGACGAGGCUGAUGGAGCAUGAAGUCCAUGAGAUGUUUCCUGCUCCGUGUUUGUGGAGGAAGCCGGCAGGUUUCUCUCUGAACCGUCGGAUAUUCAGGAUGCACACCUGAAGCCGUCUUUCCCAGCAGCCCUCUGGGCGUUAGGUGUUCUUUGAGACAGUGUACAGAAUAUAAUCCCAAUCUAGAUCAAGACCAGAACUCAGAAUCUGGAUCUGCGUUCUGAAGUUUGGUUUAUUGAUUGGUCCUUUUAUUUUUAUUAUUAUUGUUAUUCUUAUUAUUUCUUUUUGUUGUUGUUUUUUGGGCAGCGUCUCCUGAUGAAUUGGUGGCACACCUGAGAGGUUUCAGCCCCUGGAGACGAUAAUCAUCGACAUAGAGCAGAAACUUUGGAUUAUGUACAGAUUCCGAGCUUCAGAGAGGAAAGGUUUGGAUUUUUUAUGGAAGAGACUUGGAUCAAUCAUUGUGUGCUUGCUACGCACACACGUUGCCUCACUACAGCAGAGCACUUUUCAUAUUUCCAGUGGGAAAUUUUUAUUUGUAUUUCGGUGUUUUGGUAAAGAGAAGAGGAAUGUUGGGACUGGAAAUGUUUGGAUUCUGGCUGAUGAUGUGUUUCAGAUGGCAUCAAAGAUGGUUUAGCUUUUUUAGUUUGAAGCAUGAUUUCAUUCAGAUGUGUUUGUGUUGGUCUCUGCGAACGUGUCAGCUUCCAAAUCCCACUGUGUGAUGAGACAGGUCCAAACUGGAUCCUGCUUGGAAAACUCAGCAAUGAUUCCAGGUUCCAGGAUUAGUGUGUCAUGUUGUUUUAGCGCACACACCCUGUCGAGAUCGGUGGAAGUCAGGGUUUCCUUCAUCCCAGUGAAGAUCUGUGUUUUCCAUAUUCCUCCUUUGUGACAGAAUCAUGGUACAAAGAAAAGUUCCGGCCUUCCCAACGGAGCGGAUGUUUGUUGGAACAGAUCAUUAAAGUUUGGAAAAUCAUGUUAAUCAUGAAGCUGGAAAACUGUCCCCGGUGGUUCGGGUAUGAACAACGGGAACGGUGGGAUGAAGAGCAGUCCGAACAAGCUAGAAAUGUGUGUGUGCUUCAGUCUCCUCAGAGAGAAACCGGAUCAGGGGAGUCUGUUUCGGCCACAUUGGGAUUUGAACUGACCGACAAGUUCUGAUCAUCUGAGAAUAUUUCUGUCUGAUAUGGAUUCAUGCAAAUUACCCAGGAAGGGUUUUCCAAGGUGGAGCUGGAAGUACGGCCCAUGUCAGCAUGCAGGUGGGUUUACACUCAGAACCAAAGCGGUGUCACGCGUGGUCUGACAUUAAGCCGGCAGCUGACGGUGUGUGAACGCCACAGUCUGUGUAUGUGUUCAUUAUUCAGACCAAUCUGACCCACUUGGCUUUGUCUCAGCAUUUGGAUCAGAACUUUAUCCCUGAAGAAACUUCAGCUGGGCUGUUAUCCAUCCGACUUCCUGUUAGUUCUGAGAUAUUUGGUCGAGUUUCAUGUUGACGUCAACAUAUGGCACAACAGGAUGACCCGGUCCAAAAAGCAAAAAAAAAACGGUCCAGGUUUCUCCGCUGUGUGAUCAGAGUCCAGGUUUCAGGACAGUUCAGCUGGUAGACUUUUGUUUGUUUGUUAGUCAGAUGCUGUGGUUCUGUUUGAGUAAAUCCAGACCUGCAUGUGACAUCACACCUGUACAUCCAGGAUAUCCUUGGUAUCCAGGACAUCCAGGAUAUCUUGGAUCAUCCAGGAUACCCAGGAGAAGACUAUCAGAGUAUUUAAACUCGGAUUCAGAGGUUUAAAUCUCCAGCUGAGGACAUUUUGUCUGUUGUAAAGAAAGUCACAGUUUUCCAUUUGAAACUGGGAAUAGUGCUCCGGGAUGUAUCCUGGAAAUAUUUCUUCAGUUUCUUUCUGCUGCCAGGUGGACGUUUGGAGAAGGAAGUGGUGUCUCUCCGAGCUUUCUGCAGAUGCAUCAGGAACUUUGUAUUUGGAUUCUUUUCCAAUAUCAGGUUUUUAGGUAAUUUUUAUUCCAUGUCUCAUUUAACUUUUCUUUCUCUUGCAGUUAAAACCAUAAAUGUAUCGACUAUGAGAUAAAUGACACGAUAUUUGCUAGGUUUGAAGUAAUAAUGACUUUAUUGUACAGAAGCUUUUUUUCUUCCUGGAAUUGAAAAAAGAAAUUAAAUGGUUGUAAAUUGUGUAGAAAAACAAACAAAAAGCCAUGAAUAUUGUGAAGCUUGUCAUUUUGUUUUGUGAUCACUGUGUAUUAUUGUGUAACUAAUGUGCAAAAUGUUUGGGAUCCCCCCCCCUUACACACACACACACCCACACACACACACACACCAACCCAUGCAGUCUACAUACUGUAGAUGCAUUUGCUGCUUUUGGACAAGUUAAAGUUUGCAGGGAAAUGUUCCCGGAUUCACAUCCCAGAGGCUUCAGACCGUCUGGGAACUGAGCUGAACAGGUUUUUGCAUGUUAAUGAUAAAUUGCUGCUCAGAUAUUCAACAGCCAAAGAUGAGUUCAGCAAACACAGAAGUCAGCUGACAUAUGACAUGUUUGGCUGGUAGAUCCUGAUCAUUGGUCAGCAAUUUCAGCGACCUGAUAUUAUCCAAAGUGAACUUUUCUGGUUCUUCCUGUUUUCAAAAAGAAAAUGGUGUUUCCUGGGAUGAAAAUUAGAUUUAAUCAAAACUCUGAUCACUACUGGCAACUAAACUUGGCAGCUGUGGCGGUCCUGAAUCCGGGAUCAUUUCUCCUGCUAUCUAGUAAUUCUUGUUUCUGAAGCAGGGAAAUGAAUCUCUAGUUAUGACCAGAGGACACGUGGAUAAAACGAGGCAGUGGACAAGCAGAAACAUGAUUAAAUCAACUGGAGACAAGUCAAAGACAUUUUUCUUUUGCUGACAUCAAUCCUGACCUUUUGCACAUACUUGAUAUUUAACUAUCUUCUAAAGUAAAGAAAAUAAUGCUGUUUGAAUACUGCCAGUUGAUUGACAAUUAUGCAUUGAUUGAAAAAAAUAAGCUAAUUUUGGAGGAAAUAACUUUGUAAUAUUUAUCUCUUGCGAGCUAUGUUUAAUAAAGGUUGAAACAAUUUG